AUGUGGUCAGAAAGUGAAGCGAUGGUUCCGAAAAUACUUUUGGAAGGUCAGUAUUUGGACAAUGAAGCUGAGGCUGAACUGCACACGUUACCGGAAAACCCAACAUUGGAGGACCUUAUCUUCAUCAAGUACCGAAAAUUCGUUGCCAUGCUCAUUCCCUUCGUGCUCAUGCAGACCGUGGUGGAUGGUCGCAUCCGACACAACUUCUUCCGAUGGUAUCCAGAAUACUACUGGCACAUGCCCGUGACAAUGAUCCUUGGCUCCUUCGUUGGAGGAAUAACUUCAGAAGGAAGUGGUGCAGUAGCGUUCCCCGUGAUGACUUUGGCACUACAUAUUUCCCCAGAGAUAGCCAGGGACUUUUCACUGAUGAUUCAGUCAUGCGGUAUGACAUCGGCUCUGAUAUGUGUACUGUUCAUGAAGGUGAAGAUCGAAAACCGUGCUGUCAUACUCGGCACACUUGGGGGGAUUCCCGGCUUCAUAAUCGGCGUACAUUUUAUAGAUCCGCUCUUCACUGGACCACAGAAGAAGAUGAUGUUCGUUGCAAUUUGGACAUCCUUCGCUAUAGCUCUGGCAAUCCUGAACUCUCAGAAAAAACGCACCACAUUCAAGGAUAUCCCUGACUUUUGCUGGUGGAAAGCUGUAAUACUCUUCUUUACAGGAUUCGUUGGAGGAGUGUUCGACUCUUUCGCUGGUUCUGGAGUGGAUAUUUGCAUCUUCUCCAUCCUUACUCUAUUGUUUCGAGUAACUGAAAAGACGGCCACACCCACUACUGUCGUACUUCAAAGAGUGAACGCUGUUAUCGGUUUCUUCUACCGUGCUGCCAUGAUGGGUGACAUCUCAGAAAUGGCAUGGAGGUAUUUUGCUCUUUCCGUGCCCGUCGCAGCCAUCUUUGGACCACUGGGUAGCUUCCUUGGCUCACAUCUCCACAGACAAGUAAUCGCUGCAUUUGUAUACAUACUGGAACUGGUUGCUCUGAUCGGGCUUUCUUCUAACAAAACCUGCAUGGCGGUUGAUUGUUCUGGCAUCAUAUUGGGCGGUAUGGUGUUCUUCACGUUCAUUGCAAAGGCUGGGCAAAGAAUCAUGAAGACCGUCGAAGAAAAACAAUUGAAAGAACGGGAGGGGACGAAAAAGUUUAAUCAAAUCUACCACUGGCGAGAUGCCGAUAGCGCUGAUUAA